AUGUGCUCACUACGCGUAGCUACGCAAGGGCUACUAGAGGAUGUUUAUCCGGAGAAACUUGAGCUCGACAAGCUAUCUACCACAUUUGGCAGUAGCUCAGGUGAACUGGUACCAUGUCGUGGCUGCCUCAGCAAUAAUAGCCACUGCAAUGCCACGGCACAGAAAUGUGUGCUUGGAUUUAUGGUUGGACUCAGAUUCCGCUUGGUCUCUGGGUUUACCUCAUCAGUGAAAGAAUUGGCCACCAUCCGCAUCAAAGGUGACUCAUUUACGCGCAGCGUGACCAGAAAUCGCCGGCAUUUAAACCGAAUACUAGUCAAUAAAAAGUCAUCGAGAAUGAAACGUUUCAUCAUCACAUUGGCUAUUGUGUGUAGCCUUUGCUCCAGCUGGGCUCUACCUCCUGCCACUAAACCUGCUGUCGCACCACUACCACCACCACCGGCUACCCUAACACAGGACCUCGAACAGUUGUAUCGCCUUAUACCCGCUAAGCCACUUAACAAAUUGGUCAUACGUUAUCUGCUCAACGAUGCGGAGUUCCAGGCUAUUAUACGCAUCAUAAAUUCACACGAUGCCUUCAUGGUGCGUAUGCGUCUUUACGCCCAGCCGGAGAUCAUACAAUUCCAGUCGUGGGUGCGCUCUCAGUUGAUGUUGUCUGGCGGCGGUUCUUUAGAAUUCGAGGAAUCUGAAGAAAUUUUGAGUCUCUUCAAUCCAACACCCUACUGGUCGGUUUAUGGCUGGCAAGGAUUUUUCAAUGAAUUCCUUGCAUACUUCCCACAGGAGAUGUUGCGCGCCCAAAUCAACGCAAAGGUAAUCCAAGGCGGUAGUCUCGCCCAAUUCUGGGAGAAAUUGAAGGCUUUGCGUCCGGUGUAUGAACGCGUUUUGGCCUUCCCGGAAUCGAAACGCAUAAUUACACAACUCGAACAGAAUGGUGUGAAUUUCAGUCAGUUAGAUCAAUACAUUCGUUCAUUGUUCGAUUGGUUUAAUUUGAAUCCGGUCGAUGCGAUCGCCCAGGAAGUUAGCACUGUCCAAGCGCCAAUUGCUCCACCGGCCGCCAAUAGUAUUGUAGCGUAAUAUGUGUCGAUUAUAAUGCUUCUGGGGGGAAUUCAUGAUUCAUCACCAAAGGACGCUCAGGAAAAAGUGUUCACGAAUAAAAUAUCAUUAUUUUAAGAUUUGAAAGUCUUUGAAUAU